AUUAAAAGUUUGUAAAUGAGACUAUUGAGUUUUGCAAUUCCUACAUUAUUUAGAUGCAAAUAAGGUGAAAUGGAUAUAUCGAGAAAUAAACUUAAUAAUAACUUUCGAAAAAUACUCAAAAUAAGAGAUUAUCAUGGUAGUGAGAUUGAACAGAAAGCCAUGGAAUUAUACAAAUGUCUCUACAAUAUUUCGAAGUCCGAUGAAAAAUACAUAUAUAUUUAUAUCAAGAUUACAAAUCCAAAUCUCGCUAUGUACAAUCCGAAAAACGAGAAUUUGGUAGUCAAGUUACCUAGAAAUUUCAAAAUAAUAUUAUUAUCAUCAUUGAGACAUUUGAAAUAUUAUGACAAACCUCAAUAUUUUCCAAUGAAAUCAUUGAUUCAUUUGAUAGUAGAAGAUUUAUUACGAACUUUCGACUAUCUAGAUUUUAGAUCUGUGUAUUUGAUGAAAGUAUUGGAUCAAGUAGUUCUGAAAAAGUUGGAUCUAAUUAGUGAGAAAUAUGAAUUGCUGUUGGGUAAAAUGUAUGAAAUGUGCUAUGCAUCUCCAAUCACUACUUUGAAGAACUUUGCCGUUUCACUAAUACACAAAAUGGAAUUGAAAAUAAGAAAUAGGCAAACUUUUAAUGCUUUAGGAAAUAUAGGAAUUUUAACAAACUAUGAAGAAACUAGAAUUAAGUUAGAACAACUACAAACACACAGUAUUCAUUCAAAUCUGCAAGAGUAUAUGAAGUUCAUACAUAAAUAUUUUCAUUUCAAUGUGUACAAUAAAGCUGCCGGUAUAUUAUAUAGAGCUGUUAUAUCUAGAUAUCACCUGGAUGAUUUCAAGAUUCAUAUUUGGCCUUUUUGGUGUGAAUCUUUCAAUAAGCAUGGUGAUUCAAGGGAAUUUCAGCAGAGCUUCUUCAAGUAUUGGAUCCCUUUUUCAGUUGAAGAAUAUAAAUUAGAUCUUUAUAUCUUUUUGAGGGAGGAAAAUGUUUCUCAAAAAUUUCUUGUUGAAAUCCUCUUUGAACUUAGAAGAAGAAGAUAUAUUUCAAUUGAAAAUUUAUCAGAAGAGCCAUUUCACAAAGAUUUUAUUAGUUUUUUGGAAGAUUAUGGAACAAAUGAAAGAGCAUUUGAAAUUCUAUGUACUUUUCCAUCUUUGAAUGAAACCAUCCCAAUUAGUUCUCUGGAGACUUUUGAAGAAUACUUUUUGGCAAAUAGAAUUUCAACUUAUAACUUAGAAAAACAGGCCACUCAGUUUUUAUCUCAUAUUUUUGUUUCGGCACAUGUGAAUAUCCUGAAGAACUUAAAUAACUUGAUUCAUUAUGAUGUUUUCAUGAAGAAAUUGAGAAAUUUCAUUAUUAGCAGUUUUGAGUAUGAGAAAAACCUUGACUUGUCUUUGAAACUGUGCAAAAUUUUAUUUGGAAUGAAAAGAUCUUGUAAGGAUUUGAAAUUGAAGUAUGAAGUACCGAAGAAAUAUCAGUAUGACUAUGAAGAAAACAAGUAUUAUAUGUAUUUGCAAGAAAAUUAUAUUCUGGAUUUAUUUUCAGAAAAAAAAAGUUUUAUAACUAGUAAAUUGAUUGACAUAUUCAAUCAAAGUGAUAUGUUUGAUGAUACACCUAUGUGGCUUUUGAAAAAUGCUUUCCAUGAUUUUGAGAUUGAUGAUUUGAAUAUAACAAAAGUUCAAAAAGGGGUGAAUUACAUCUCAUUAUAUAAUUUGGAAAAGUACUUGGAUUCUCAAAAGUUAGGCUUGUAUAAGGCUACAAAGGACAGAGACAGAACAGAGCUCAUUUUAUCGUUUAGUAUGAUCGAACAUCAGAUAGUACUUGCUUUAUUGAAUGUAAAAAUUAGCAACAAUGCUGCAGAUGAAAUGUUUGAUAUAUUGAAGAUACUGAAUGUUCUGAUCAUUGCCAAUCAGAUGGGAAUAUUUGAGGAGUGCCAAUUAUCCACUAUUACAAAAAUGCUGAAUUUCAUGGUAGGCACGGUUGAAGAAAAUUUACAUGAAAAUUUAUCUACUAAAACAAGAAAGGUUUUGGAGCAUAUUUUCUGUAAAAUAAUAGCCAUUUUAAAUCUCUCCCCAACCACUCUAAAAGACUGUAGUGACAUGAUUCUGAACAAAUUAGUGGUUAUUUUAGAGGGAAGCAAUAUGAGGAAAGUGGUUACUGAAGUGCUGAACUUGGUUCCCUCUAUUUCAGAGAAAAUGACCAGGUCCAGUCAUAAAUCUCAAAAAACAUUGGAUAAAUUCUACAAAGAACUUCUUGAUGCUAUUGUUUCUCCCUCAAAUCUAAAGCAUAUGAGGAAGAGCAGAAUGAGAAAACAUCCCAGGCUAAGAUCACUCCUUCAUGCUGUUUGCAAGGGUUCUGGUAUGAAACAGAGAGAGUUCGUUCAGGAAGCUACAAGAAAGAUGAUAUGGAAAUUGAUGCAGCACAAACUUGAUCCAACUGUUCAUACUGUCAUAUUGGAAUGUUUAGAAAUUAUGAUUGUUGAACCAAAUUUUCACAACUAUACAUAUGCUUACCUGGAGGAAGUCAUUAAAUUGAGUUUGAAUUCUUUCACAUCAAGUAAUUGGAGUAUCAAAAAUGCUGCUAUACAACUUACCAAUACUGUGAUCACUAGAAUUUUUGGUGUCCAACAGACUGAGAAUAUCCGUUUAAGAUCGUUCAAAGAAUUCUGUGUUUUGUUCCCCAGGCUAUCGGACUAUUUUUAUGAUGUCUUAUCUUCAUCUCCAUUGGAUGACAGAGCAAUAAUCGUCUUACAAUACUUGUCAGCCUCUGAAGUUCUUGUUUAUGAGCAUCUUAAUAUGGAUAUCCAGAUAAAAAUUGAUAAGUUCUUGAUUUUAUUGGAACGCUUGUUGGUAUCGAGGGAAGAAUAUAUAAUCAAGUAUGUACCUCAAGCUUUUGUUAAUUUAUGUGUGGAAACAAGUUAUUCAUACCAUAUGAAAAAAAUAUUCUAUUUCAUUGUGACUAAUUUACAAAAAAAACCAAGUAAUGUAAUUGUGAAUUAUCUGAUUUUAUUUAGAGAGUUUGUAAGGAAAUUGAAUGAGACAUCGUCCCUGCUGAAAGCAACUAAAAUUGAGAUUGAGCCUACUGUUAUUUAUUUUGUUGAUAAGAUGAAUGAUUUUUUGAAAGAUAAAGAUCUUCAAUUCUUAGAUAUGCAUAAUAUUAGACAUUUCGUUCUGGAUCAAUAUUCAAGAAGCUAUAGCAUUGAUGAGAAUUUGAAUGUUUCUUCCAAACGUUGGAAAUACUACAACUUAAUUCAAAAUUUUCCCUCUGCAUAUAUAUCCAAAAAUUUCCUACAGCUAUUUGAGAAUAUGUACAAUAAUGUGGAACUGAAUUUUCUUCUUGAGAUAUUCCUGGAUAGAAUCAUCUCUUUUGCUUGUGAGAACAGAGUUCAAAAUUUGAUUCAGAUGAUUUUUAAUAGACUGACUUCAGAAAUAUUUAGUUCCAAAAUCAAGAACAAUAAGGGAAUGUGUAGAAUUUUUACAUUAUCAAUUUUGAGACUUUGUGAUUCCUUUGAAUAUAUUCAAUUUGGUAAUCAUUUUUGCGAAUAUAAUAUUGAAAUAAACUUCUAUGAAGCUAUUCUUCUCCAAAUUAUUCUAUGUGAAAGUGAUUGCCAGGGUAAGGCUGCUUUAUGUGAAGCAUCUUUCAAAAAACUCUCAGAAUUUAGUAGCAUCGAUAGUUUUGAGUUAGAAUUCCUUCCCAAAAUGUUGGGUUUCAUCCACAAAAACUUAGAUGUUUUGAAUAAAUAUAUGUUUUUGAAAUUUUUAUUUUGUUUAGUGCUAACUGAUUGUGAUAAAGAAGAUAUUUGUGAUUUCAUGACAAAAUUUUGUAGAAAGUAUACAAACGAAGAUAAUUGCCUAAGUAAUUUGUUAGUUUAUGAAUUUUUGUACGAUUUUUUUAGAGAUGAUCAACUUCUUCGUAAGUUUUUGUUGGAUGCUCUCAACUUAAUCAAUAAAUUUGAAAGUAGGGUCAGGUUUGAUACAUUUUACAUGGAUACAUAUCAGAGUUUGCAGGUACACAAAGAUGUUAUUAAUAAAAUGAUGUCCAAAUUUUAUCAAGUAAUUUUUUUCCGCCUAACCCUAACUUGUUCAAUGUUUUUUGUUACCAUCAUUGUUUUUAGCACUUCUCAGAAGCUCUGAGCACGUUAGUGUGGU